AUGGUUUCGAUUUUGGAUCACGUGCUUAUUGACAAAAUCUUCAAAAAUCGCACAAUUGUCAGCAAGAUUGUAAAAAAUGUGUCUAAUCAAUUAGAUACUCUGUUGGAGUUGAGAACUAAAGACCCGCGUGGCAGGACGUGAUAUUCUCACACCAGACAAUUCCCUCUCUCUUGUGUACGACCCACUCCCCUCUGUUGAUUAUCUCCCCUUUGGAGUAAUAAACAUAUUUAUUAAAACUGUGUUCUGUUCUUUCCAAUACAUAUACAAAUAG